AUGAUGCACGUUUCUGCCGUUAUAGUAGCUUUGAUAGCUCUUAUUUUAUCGCUAAGCACUUUUUUACUGAAUUUUUAUAUUUUCUUGGCCAUAUUUAUCUUUAAAAAAAUCCCGAAAAAACCUGAAAUGUUCCUGAUCUACGCCAGAUUUGCUAUCGACAUAUGUUAUGCACUUGGUAAUUCUUCAAACCUUGGCUAUUUCACUCUUCGGUUACUUUUCCCUGAAGCUCAUGUGAAAAACCUGUCAUUUUUCAUAGCCUGGCCCACAUUUAACCUGGGAAGUUUUCGGGUUUUUCUAGUGUUUUUCAUGACUUCCGACCGAGUUUUUGCAUCCUUUUUCCCAAUUUAUUAUCAUAAAUAUCGAUCGCAUUGCCCUACCGCAACAAUUUUAUUACUAAUGUGCGCCUAUACAGUUUUCGAGCAAUACAUUCUAUUUGUGAUGUGCGAUUUUACAAUCGAUGUACCAAGUAGUUGUAUGCAUUUGGGAUGUACAGUUAGUAAAUGCUAUUUUGAGUAUUGGUUGUGGUUUGAGCAGCAUGGCUAUUUUUCCAUUGGACUGUUAUCCCUUUUAGUAUGCUUCAGAUUUUUUGUAUGGAAUUUUUUGAAAAAACGGAACAAUUCUAUUUCAAGGGCCACCAAAAUCGCUUUACUGGACACUUUUAUUCUCUUCACUUUUGAUCUACUACCCUCCUUUCUCUUUUCUCACUUCCCCGCCAUCAAUUUUGAAACAGUGGGCCCGCUGAGCGCAGUUUGCAAGAAUGCUGGAUUUGUUAUUGAGUCGGUGAUAAUCUGCAAAAUUUUGCUGGGCACGAGGUCCAUGGUGGCGCCAAGUUCCAGCAAUAAGUACACGCCGAACCGGGAGCCACCGAUUUAG